AUGGCAGGUACCGCGACAGCGGGGGCUGCUGCUGCAGCCUCGGCCGCCAUCAGCCCAAAGCUGCCGCUGCUCACCCGACUCGCCUACGCGGCCAUUGCCUUUGCGCUCCAGAACUUCCUGGUCGCCCCGACAAUCCUCUUCAUGAAGAUCAGGCACCGGCUCAAGCCCCCACGCAUCCGGCCCAACAUUGUCAAGACGUAUCCUUGCCGCCCGCGUCUUCCAGUAAGGAUCUUCUUUCCCACGGCCUACGACCCCGCAAAGCCCCGCGAGUUGCCCAUCCUUUUCACCAUCCACGGCGGCGGCUUCGUCUUGGGCACCCCGAAUGACACGGACAGGUGGAACUACCAGUUCUGCAACACCCACGGAGCCCUGGUCGUAGCCCUCAACUAUGCCAAGGCGCCCGCCAAUCCCUUCCCAGGCCCAAUCCACGAUGUCGGCGCCCUGCUCCUAGCGGUCCUCGACGACCCGGCCCUCUCCAAGCACAUCGAUGCAGACCGCGUCGCCCUCCUUGGCUGGUCUGCCGGCGCCAGCCUUACACUGGCGGCGGCGCAGAUGCCGCAGGUUCGCAGCCGACUAGCCGCCAUCGUGCCAAUGUACCCGGCCGCCGACGUCACCGUGGGCUGGGCCGUGAAGGAGAAGCUGCGGCGCUACAAGCCCGAGCUCGGGGGGCUGCGUGCCAGGCCCCACGACUAUCUGGCCGGCAUCUCAAAGGUGUUUACUUGGGCAUAUGUGCCAACCGGCCAGGACCUGCGCGACCCCCAGAUCAGCCCCUUCUUCGCCCAGACGUCCGCCUUGCCGCCCCGCGUUUUUGUCGUCGGCUGCGAGCUGGACCUACUCUCGCACGAGGCCUGGAGGCUCGCCUCUCGUCUGGCGGGGAGGCCUGUGCCUGCCAUGGAUGAGGUAGUAGGGCGUCAGGCACUCACGCCCAAGGGAAAGCUUGUGAAGGACGACGAGAUCUACCACUGGGAAGUCCAAGUCGCGCCUUCUACUGAAGAGGGCGGAGAUGCUCGAGAAAGAUGUUACAAGUGGCUGCUGGUGCCGGAUUCUGUCCAUGGGUUCGACAUGGAAAUCCAGUCAUUUGUGGGCAACGACCCGGCGCACCUGGCCGACAUGAAGGCCAAAACGGCUGAGGUCAUCGGCUUAAUCGGUGAUUGGCUUUGGAAGUAG